UAGCUUUCCCUGACAAUUGUCACUGGCUAUAAAGCUACUACUAGCUUUCUUUGGCAAGUGUCACUGGCUAUAAAGCUAGUAUUAGCUUUCCUUGACGAGUGUCACUGGUUAUAAAGCUUGUAACAGCUUUCCCUGACGACUGUCACUGGCUAUAAAGCUUGUAUUAGCCUUCCCUGACGAGUGUCACUGGCUCUAAAGCUUGUAUUAGCUUUUUCCCUUGCUAUAAAGCUUUUUCGUGAGUGAGACUCUCUUCACACUUCGUUGGGCUCGGAAGAAGGUGAACGGGAAUCCAGAUAUGAGUUUAAUCGGACUUGGAACUUGCUCGCCAUCAUAGGCUAUUUCACCUAGCUGACAUCUCUAUCGAGAACAGAAGGUCAACACACAAAGUGACUCAGAGAUGGAUUUGGGCCUAAGAUGGUCGCUACUUGUGCUCGUCUUUCACCUGUCGUUCAAUUUACCUGUCCAGUCACAGAGGCCUCUCCUUGACAGAAAAGUAGCUGCCGUCCACUUGGUCGGUGGAGAAAGACCUACAGAAGGCAAUAUCUUGGUGACGUCAGAGGCAGGCGGUGAAGGACGCCCUCUGUGCGAUGACUUCUUCGGAAUGACCGAAGCUAACACCGUCUGCAGGGCAUUGGGAUACCCAGGGGCGCUGCGGUUUACCCGUCGGAAUUUCUACGGAGGACACACCCAGCGCUGGACUCCAGAUGACUGGAAAGACUUGUAUGUGCUGGAAUGUCCUGAAGAAACUGGUAAUGACAAUGUUGAUCUGACCAGUUGUACACUGAACAGCAACACGCAAUAUUGUACAGGUGCUGAGGUGGCAGGAGUCGAAUGUCAAACAGAGUCUGCUAAGCUGUGCUCAAGUAACCAAUUUACUUGUGAGAAGACGUCGUCUGGAACGACCUCUGAUUCUUCUUGUAUUUCUGAGUACCUUGUAUGCAAUGGCUUCCAGGACUGCAUGGAUGGAAGCGACGAGAAGCCGGAGCUAUGUGAGGAAGAUGUAUUCCGCCUGGAAUCCGUCAUUCCAACGAAGAUUCCAGGCAACAGCGCAGCGGGAACCGUCUACAUGAAGCACAAUGGAACCUGGAGUUCCGUGUGUGAUGACUUGUUCGGCCGACAGGAAGCCAGAGUAAUCUGUCAAAACCUAGGCUACGGGAGCGGCAUGAGCAUACCGUACACUAGAGCGUACUUCGGCGUGGCAGCAGCUGACAUCGGCGUCGAUAAUCUGGAAUGCACUGGGGAGGAAAACAGCCUUUCCAGCUGUCCUGGAUUCCUCUGGGGGGAGAGUGAUUGCGCCCACGCUGAGGACGCGGGCGUCUUCUGCCAUGAUGGGGUAAAGGUCGUCCAGUCAUUUUGAGGUUAACCUGUUGGGGACAAAGACUGAUUAAACUUGA